UCCAAGAUGGCGGAGUCCACGGUGAAAUCUCCCUCCAUCGUUACAUCUGCUAUUCGUCUACUUACAAGCACCUCUACUAAAACAACUGAGGAUAAACCUAUAAAAUACUUCGAGGAAAUGUUGCUGAGUAGAAUGAAACAAUUGAAAACUGCUCUGUUAAGCGACAUAAACUUUGACACUCUGCGACAACGUUUACAAAAUGAAAACUGUGAAUUUUGGAAACGUUUUCUUGAAGACGAACUAGAACCUGAAGGAAUGGCUGAAGAUACAUCUAAAGGAGCAGAAAGGACUGAAUUAGAAGCCUGGAAAUUUGUUGCGAGGUGGAAAUUUGUAAAAAUAUGUUUGAAUUUAAUGUUGGAGCUGAAAAGUCUUCUUCAGGAACUUGUGUCUGGAGUGUCUAUGGAAAAAACCAACACCAAAGGCAUACAAAACCCAAAACUAAACGUGGAUGCUCUGAGUGUCAGCGACCAGAAAGUUGUACUCACUUGUAUUCAGUUUAUCAUUUGUUUAGGUGUCUAUCCAAAUCUUCAUCCAGGUGUAGGGAUUCCUGUUGAAAGAAGAUCUGGGUAUAGCAGCUUGAUCAAGGGGCCUGAAAAUGAAUUUCAAAAUGAUAAACAAUUAUAUGAAUGUAUAAGGGUACUAUUAGAGUGCAUUAAGCAUGCAUCGCUGGGGUCUAUUAUACUGUCAUGUCACCUUGGUGAUGUACUGACUGGAUUAAUACAAAUCUGCUAUGCACCAGCAUCAACAUAUAAUGAGAGUAAUGGUGCAUCUAAACAGACAUGUGCAAAAAACUCCUUGGACAUGAAUAAAACUACUAGAACAAUUCAUUCCCAAGAUAGUGAUGAGAUCAAGCCAGUGUCUUCAGGUCAGAGUACUGAUGAAGUAAAUGCCAAGCCUGUUUCAUGUGGAGAAAGUGAACUGAGAAUAAAUGUGGAAAGAGAGUCUAUCACUAAAUGUUGGUCAUUGUCAGCUUCGGAAAGAAGUGUGGAUCCUUGUAAUCGUAAAAAUGAGUGGAAAAAGAAUGUAGCAAUGAAUGAAAUCAAGGAAAAAUUUAUUUCUGCAUCAGAGAGAGAAAAAUGCUUACUAGAGUUAGAAAGACUAGUUGAACGGGUUUAUCAACCGUUGAUAGUAAGAGAGCUACUUAUGAUACAAGGUGGAACAAAACCUGAAAGACAACAGAAAACUACUGGUUCUACUAGAAAUGGAGUAGGGAAAAUAUCUGUAAAGAGAGAGGAUAAGAAUGUUACUUGUGAUGAGAGGCCCAAGUGGUUUACAAACAUCUGUGGUCAGUUACUGUCAGCAAGACUGAUGAAAGAAAAUGGUGUACAGGCUGUGUUGAGAGGGAUAUUAGAAAACACUGCAGAUCCUCACAGUACACAAAACUGGCGUAAAUGCGACAUGGUAGCAAGACUCAUUGCUAACUGUCCAAGUCAAGCUACUUCUGUAGAGGAAUAUUAUUCACAUAUAGCACCUCAGGUGUUGAAUUUAUUACACAUAACAAAUGCAGAGCUUGGUAAACAGUUUGUGCGUGUUGCGUCAAGUGCUGUUAAAACUAUGGCAAAACAACACCCUAGUCUCUGCAAGAAAUACCUCCUGGAAAAGAUGAUGACACCAUUGUUGAGGGUAACACAAAUACCAGGGCAGACACACCAGUUGAAUCAAGUAGUUGCAGAUGAGGCAGCUCUUACACAGUGUAUUGAAGACAUCCAUAAGGUUUUUGUUGUUGGAUCAGAUCCUCAAAGCUCUUUCCUUCUUUGCCUAACUGCUGUUGUACAUCCUAUUUUCCAACUGUUUUGCUUUACAAGGAAGGGUGUUUCUCAUCUCAGAUCUCCUUGUCAAGAAAUACUGCUACAGUUUCUAAAACACAUAGAACCUACACUUGCACUGAAGACUCUUUAUAUACUUGUAUAUCACGAGUUGCCACCUCAUUCAUUUAGUGACGAACAUGAUGAGGGUGGGGUUAGUGGCAAUGAUAGUAAGCGAAUGUCAGAGAAAAAGAUUCCUACGGCCAAAGUAUCGAAUAAGUGCACUGGGGAACAAGAUGACAAGAGGAAACAUAGUGAGCCACUGGAGAGUGAGUCACAUAACAGCGACAUGUCUAGCGGCACUGAUAUCCCCAUAGAAUUAAUGAGAAAUGAAUACACGUUUUGUUAUGGUGAUAGUGGUGGGAUAAUCAUCAAGUCAUGUGAUCUUCAAUCAUCGGCAUCAUUUGAUGAUGUCUUAGGAAGACUGACAGGUGACAUGGUGAUGAAUUAUGAGGUUCAAGCGCUAUGUCUAGUUGAACUACUUGUGAACCUGAACAAUGACAAGCUGUCAGGGGAUUUCUUUCUGCAUUUGAUGAAAGAGCUGACCAAUAUUGUGUCUCAAGAGGAAGGAUCUUCUGAAGAGGAACCAGAAGAUCUUCAAGUGUACGACAGACAGGCCAGUGCUGAUCAAAGGAGCCUUCUAAUUCUUCAUUUGCUUGCCCUCAUGUGCGACAAACUUGGACCAUCCAUCCUCAAGGAUGUUCAGCAAAUGCUUGCAUUCAUUAAAUCCACUCUACAAAGAGGAUGUGCCUUAUGCGAGACAGAAGAGGGUUUGCUUGAAGGAGGUCUUGUAUCAGAGACCCUUACUAUGGCCUUUGGAAUGUUGUCUGCAAUCAUGGGAGGGGCCUCUAAGGUCGAAGCCAGAGAAAAAAGCUCGCUUCACGAUUUGCUUCCAUUGCUAGAAAAACUCUCCACCCAUCAUCCUGAUGUAGAGGUGAAAGAGAUGGCGAAUGAUUUGCGUAUUGCCAUAGCAACGCACGGGGCAGUGUGGAGCCAACAGAUGAAAGAGAUGGCUGAGAAUCUUGGCAAAAAGAACAGAGUAACACAGGAAGACUUUGUUUCUGAUAAAGAUUCUUCCAAGGAUACUCCAAACCAAUCAUCCGACACCCAGUUUGACGAAGCAUUUGCUGAGCUCUGUGACCCACUAAUCCCUGUACGAGGAUACGCCAUGAUAACCCUGGCUAAGCUACUCCACAAUAGACACCCAAAGGCACUGGCCCAAGCAGAUACGUUACUCAAGAUCUUCACAGACCAAUUAUCGCAUGAUGACUCGUAUAUAUACCUGGCUGCCAUACAGGGAAUGGUGGCACUCGCAGCUGUUAAGACAGAGUUGGUUCUGCCAUACCUGGCGAGGGAGUUUGCUACUUGUAGAAAUGCACAACAGGGUACAGCCAACUACAAGCGCUCACCAGAAACCAAGAUGAAGCUCGGAGAAGCCCUGGUAAAAGCAGUCAGAGAGUGCGGAGAACUGAUUCCAAGAUAUUCCCAGCACCUCAUGUCUUCACUGCUAUCAGGUGUAAAAGACCCUGACGAAAUGGUGCGAGCCAGUAGUCUGUCUAACAUCGGGGACAUGUGUAAACUAUUGAGGUACUCUGUUGGACCCAUCAUCCAGGAGAUUUUCAGCUGUCUGAGUUCUGUUCUCCAAACUGACCAAUCAGAUCAAGUGCGCAGGGCAGCAGUGCUGGCUCUGACUUUACUGUUACAAGGGCUUGGCCAAGAUUCUAUCCAGGUUCUUAGUUCCAAUCUUCGAGAGCUUUAUCACUUGUUAAAGAUCGUAGAAGCGUGUGAUAAAGACGAGACUACGCGAAUCCACGCCCAGGUUGCCCUUGGACAACUGGAUACUAUUAUGAGAGAGUUUCUUUUUCCUAAGGAAACUUUUAGUAAAAAAAUCCAGGUUUUACCUUGACCGCAUAAUCGACACAAUUAUGACACAGUAAACCCCCCGUCCAACCA